AUGGGUUCCAGUCAUGGAAAAUUUUCAAGUAACAGAGAUGAAUCAGUUAAAGCAAGCCUCAUCACCAAAUCAGGACUCAACAGAGAAGUAGCAAAAGGCAUUGAAGACCAGAAGGAAGAAAACAGUAGUACCAUGAGAAAAAGACUGAAUCCAAGACUCAGCAGAGGAGUACCAAAAGGCUUAGAAAGUGAACUAGUUGCUGCUGGAUGGCCUAAAUGGCUUGUUGAUGUAGCUAGUGAAGCUUUAAUUGGAUGGCUUCCAAGAACACCUGAUACUUUCGAGAAGAUACAUAAGAUUGGCCAAGGAAGUUACAGUAAUGUCUACAAAGCUCGCGAUUGUUUGCUCAAUAAGAUUGUUGUCUUGAAAAAGGUUUGUGCUGACAAUCUUGAUCCCGGCAGCUUCAAGUUUAUGGCGAGAGAGAUUGUCUUAUUGCGAAGGCUCGGUGAUCACCCGAAUGUUAUCAAGCUGGAAGGUGUAGUCCCCUCUAAAAUGGCGUGCAGCCUUGUUUUUGAUUGCAUGGAAUAUGAUCUCAAGGGAAUUCAAGAACAGAAAGGUGUCAAGUUAUCUGAACCUGAGAUCAAAUGUUACAUGAACCAGCUGCUUAAAGGGCUUGAUCACUGCCAUAGCCGUGGUAUCUUGCAUCGAGAUGUAAAGACUUCUAACCUGUUAGUUAAUAAAGAUGGUAUCUUGAAAAUUGCAGAUUUUGGGCUGUCAACAUUUUUUGAUCCAGAACAAAGCAUUCCCUUAACUAACAUUAUUGGGACUCUCUGGUAUCGGCCACCAGAGCUUUUGCUUGGAUUAAAUCAUUAUGGAGUUGGAGUUGAUUUAUGGGGUGUUGGUUGUGUACUUGGUGAACUAUUUACUGGCAAGCCUAUUAUGCCUGGUAAAACUGAAUUUGAGCAAUUGUAUUAUAUCUUCAAGCUUUGUGGUUCUCCAUCUGAUGAAUGUUGGCUAAAAUCUGACUUACCUAAUGCAUCAAUUUUAAAGCCGCAAAUGCCUUAUAGACGACAAAUUCAAGCAACCUUUCAUGAUCUUCCUGCUGCUGCUGUAGGACUGAUGGACACUUUACUUUCCAUAGAACCUGAAUAUCGAGGAACUGCAGCUCUUGCUCUUCAGGGUGAGUUCUUCACAUCAGAACCAUUUGCUUGUGAUCCUUUAAGUUUGCCACGAUGCCCUCCCAGAAAUGAGAUGGAUGCUAAAGAAACCAAGAUGAUUAGGGAAUUUAAUGCAGGAUUACAGCGAUCAGUAGACAGAAGACGACUCAGGAAUAGGCUUGAAAAAACAAAUGAAAAAGUCUCAGGAGGUGUUCUAAAUGAAGCAACAGAUUCUUAUACUCAGAGGUCUGCUACUACCCAUCAAAGUGAUAAUCAGAGAGAUUUACUCAGAGAGUGUAAUGACAUGAUCCUCAAAGCUGUUACAUGUGGGAGGCUAGAGAAGGGAUUAAUAGCUAAAGUGAAUGUCCAUGACUCAAAUGGAAAGAAGAGUCAUUCUGUAGGUCCAUCAACCAAUAUGCAGGGAUUACCAAGAAAGCACUGGACUAUGUUUGACACGGAAAAAAAGGCAGAAGGGGAAGGAAAUAACUCCAAGCUAGAGAAGAACCAACUUAUUGAACAAUUGUUGCCUCCUGCAGAAUCAGAUGGCCUUAACUUCCUGGAAGACAACCAUUAUUGUGGUCCACUUUCAUCUACAUCAAAACCAAUUGAUGUGGAUCGAAUACUUAGAGAGCAUGACCGACAGAUCCAAGAAUCUGUAGAACGUGCCAAGCAACAGAAAAAACUAGGUAAAGCUCAGUUUUGA